CUGCCGCCCGGGCCGGGGCUGCAGUCCGGCCCGCCGCCAUGGGCCGCUUCUCCGCCUUCCUCAACCCGGUUCUGGUGCUCUUCAGCUGCGACCUCUGCCUCGUGCGAGCCAACAGGCCACCGUCCCCUGUCAACGUGACCGUGACACAGCUGAAGGCAAACUCCGCCACAGUCUCCUGGGACGUCCCAGAAGGAGACGUGGUCAUCGGCUAUGCCAUCUUACAGCAGCGGCAGGAUGGGCAGAUGCAGCGCUUCAUCCGGGAGGUGAACACCACCAACCGGGCCUGCGUGCUGUGGGACUUGGCGGAGGACGCGGACUACGUCAUCCAGGUGCAGAGCAUCGGCCUCUACGGAGAGAGCCAGGCCAGCAAGCGCGUGCACUUCCGGACGCUGAAGGAGACCGACCGCCUCCCCUCCAACAGCUCCAACCAAGGUGACAUCACCAUGGAAGGGCUGGACAAAGACAGGCAGCUGCAGACAGGAGAGAUUAUCAUCAUCGUGGCUGUGCUGCUGAUGUGGGCAGCGGUGAUUGCCCUCUUCUGCAGACAGUAUGACAUCAUCAAGGACAACGACUCCAACAACAACAAGGAAAAGACCAAGCCGUCCUCGGAGCACAGCACGCCAGAGCGCCCGAGCGGGGGGCUGCUGCGGAGCAAGAAGAAGUCUCCCUCGGUCAACAUCAUCGAGGUUUAA